GCAACACAACUGCUCAACAUUACUAUUGUAGUCUAGGCAUGUGCUGGUAGGCUAGCAAUGCACUUAAGUAAUGACGUGCACUCAGGUAAUGUGCUCUCAGUAAAGUGUGAUUGCCCUCUUUAAAUCUUUGCAUGAUAGUUUCCCCCUUUUGACAUUUGAAAGUUGAAUAUGACUAAAGAGCAUGCUCUGUUUGGGUUUGGUCUGCCUCCUCAUCAAGACUUGUCUUUCUCUGUAUUUUUUCUUCCCAUGCUUCUUCAGGCUAGUAACAUGAUCCUGCUGAUAUUCCUGCAGAAGAUGGACCUUCUGUUGACCAAGACGCCCUCGGAGGACAUCAAGAACAGCGUGCUUCCUAUGGUCUACAGAGCGCUGGAAGCUCCUUCUGUACAGAUCCAGGAGCUGUGCUUGAACAUCAUCCCGACGUUUGCCAACCUGAUUGACUACCCGUCCAUCAAGAACUCCCUCAUCCCGCGAGUCAAAUCCGCCUGCCUACAGACCCCUUCCCUUGCUAUAAAAAGACGCAUGUAACGAGCGGAAAUUGACGGGUGCUGCUGACGUUCGAAGACGCACGAGAAAUGAGGUUAUGGGGUCAGAAAAGGGUGCGUACUGUUGUAUGAGGAUAUGUUGCAACAGAACGUACUUCUUCAUUUGGUAAAAUAUUUUUUAUAUAACCGAAUUUCAUUGGAUCAUUUGCUAUGUGUUAUUGUACCUAAAUACAGAAAGAGCCGUCCCGGUGAUCUUAUUGGACAUUUCUUUUACUUUUCGAUUAUAUCUUAUUACUAUCUCCGACAAGCCGUCGCUCCCCAUACAGCAGAAAAACAGCGAGGUAAUGAUUUAAAUCCUCCAAAAAAAUAAACAUUUAGAGCCACAAAGAAGGACCAUAUCGUGUAUGAAUCAGACAAAAGCUAUAGAACUUUUUUAGCAGGUUCUAAUAUUGUAUAUGUGCUGUACGGUCAUAAAAGAGUAAAAAUAUAUACUGGGGCUAAACAUGCUCUAAAAGGUAUAAAGUCCUUUGAAAAGUAAAAUGUUGUAAUCAAUAUAACAUAUAACGCAUCUAUGUUAUAUAACUCUAAAAACAAAAACAUGUGUUUGGGUCAUCCCCUUAUUUGCUCUGCUCGAAAAAUAUGUAUUUGUUUC